ACCCAGGGGCACGAGCUGGUGCUGGACGCAAGACUCGGCGGCGGCGGCGGCGGCAGGGGCAGGCUACACCUUUGCCUCACGGGAACCCUCCAUGAGGAAAGGACAAAGGAUGUGCUGAUGACCAGGGUGUUUACAUAUCCAGAAUGCCAUCCUCUACCCUCUCAUGGCUACCAUACCUGUGACCAACACUGAGUCCUGUGUCUGACCCUGGACAGUCCAGAUUUUCUUCAGGCCAGCUCCUUUCUGUACAAUUCGACGAAUAGGAACAGUGUUCUUGGUGAGCCAAAGCUGGGCCAGACUUUACAGUUCUGUGGCACCAAGCCUACAUCAGGACUCCUUCAGCAAGACCAGCCUGGGCCAUGGACCCCCAUGAGAUGGUCAUGAAGAAUCCAUAUGCCCACAUCAGCAUCCCUCGGGCUCACCUGCGGUCUGACCUGGGGCAGCAGUUAGAAGAGGUUCCAGCUUCAUCUUCCUCCUCUGAGAUUCAGCCUCUGCCUUCAGGAACCUGUACCCCAGAGCCAGCGGGCCUCUUGCAAACUGCUGAAGCCCUGGGGCCCAAAGGUAUCAAGGGCGUCAAGGGUACUGCUUCUGAACAGGGCCAGCAGAACUGGCAGUCGCCCUGCAAUCCCUAUGGCAGUGGGCAGCGUCCGUCAGGACUGACUUACACUGGCCUGCCGCCUGUAGGGCGUGGUGAUGAUAUUGCCCACCACUGCUGCUGCUGCCCUUGCUGCUCCUGCUGCCACUGUCCACGAUUCUGCCGUUGUCAUAGCUGCUGUUGUGUGGUCUCCUAGCCUGACUGUCCAACCUCCAGGGCUGUGAGACCCAGGCCUCUGCUCAAUGCCAAAGUGGUGCUGGACUUCAGGAGCAGCCAUUGCCAUGGGCAUCAGCCACUUCCUGCCCUGGACAGGGGAGCCUGUCCACCAGGAAGGUUCAGCUGGAGCCCUCUGGAAUAGGGUUUCAGCCAUUAGCCAUUUUGGCAGCAAC